UUGGGGAAGAGUGAAUGUGAUUGUGACAUAGGAGAAUAGGUGGCUAGGUGUUUUUAGUGAAUGAGCUGCUUAGAUAUUUAGAAAAACAAAACCAUAUUAUAGUAUGAUCAUGCUUCAUAAAGGAAGUUUGAAUAAGAACAAAGGGUAUUUUAGAUUUUUUAUAUGAAUCAUUAUCUUUGUAUGAUUUACACUUUCUUUUUUAGCACGAUCGGACUAAUGGGACCGGGAUUGUGUACGAAGUGCUCAACUCUCUCUCUCUCUCCCUGCUUUGGCCGGUGAAAAAGCAGAGACGUCAAAGAAGAAGGCGAAAUGUUGUCUGCUUCACUCUCCUCCUCUGGACAGCCUCUUUUCCUCUGCAACAAACAAAUCCUCUCCUUGAAAACUCCGCCUUGUCAAAGUAGGCUUCUCAAUUCUGGCUGCUUUACCGUUUGCUUUAGCCCUCUGAGUCUGAGAGUUUCAACUGAUCGUAAAGAAAUGUUAAAGAAAAAUCGAGGGGGAUUUGGUGCUGUUUGUUAUUCUCCGCUUCUCACUCCUAGAAACUUUCAAUGGAUCUCUACUGUUUCUUCCGCGAUCUUAAUGCUUGCUAGGGGUACUGCAAUUCAGAAAUCAUUUCUUGUUCCUUUUUUUGCUUUACAAGCACCUGCAAGCAUUGUCUCAUGGAUCAAGGGAGAGUAUGGUAUAUGGAUCGCAUUCUUGACACUUCUGGUUCGUCUCUUCUUCUUUAUUCCGGGUGAAUUGGAGUUGCCGUUUAUAGCAUUUCUACUUGUAAUUGUGGCACCAUAUCAAGUUAUGAACAUAAGGGGAAGACAGGAAGGUGUUGUUCUUUCCUUGGCGAUUGCAGCUUAUCUGGCUUUCCAGCAUUUCUCAAGAGCUGGCAGUUUGCGGAAAGCAUUUGACCAAGGUUCCAUCAUAGCCACCUUAGCUAUCAUUUGUAUUGUUGGUGUGACAUGUUUGCUUUUGAUCUGAUCAUAAACUUGUAAAGAGUGAUCCUCUCGAUGGCUUGUAAAUCUUUGAACUCAUAUGAAGAUAGACAAGGCAGAAGCAUAGCUAUGAUAUCUGAUCCUCUCUCUUGUAGGCAAGACUUGAGAUGAAUGUAUGAUUACUUUACUGGACAGUAUGAAACUUUAAUAAUGUUUGCACAUAGUUGAAUACGAAGCUUUCUAAUUGAAUAGCUUGUGGUCGCCUCUCAAUCUUGUUUCAAAAU